AUGUACCACCAUCCACACUUUACCUACAACCAGCAACAACACGGAAAUCCAUCGAAUAUUAGUACAAAAAAUCAACAACUAACGACAUCAGGUGACGCGCAUCCACUUAUCAAGAAUAGAGCACGUCAUCAAUGUACUCAAAAUGGCGUCACGCCAAUGGAAAGCGAUGAUAACGAAGAACAAUUUAUUACAGUUAUCAAAAAGAAAAAAAAGAAAAACUCAACCUCGUCAUGUAACACGGACCAGUCGACAUCGUCAUCAAACACAGAUAGUGGGACAUCAAAUGGUAAACCACCACAUAAAGCAAUCUCAGCCAACAGUCAAGCACAAACUCGUACAAAUGAAUAUACAUCAACAAAUACGAAAGCUAGUACAACGGAAAUAUCGGAUCAAUCACGUCGUUCGCAGAAACGCGUUUUGCAUUUCCUCCAUUCGUUAUCAAGUUCCACAAUGAUGUCGAUGAAAAAACCAUAA